AUGUGCAGCAAGCUGGAGGAGAGAGACUUUCUGAGCAGGAAAGACAGGCAGCAGAAUCAUGAGACAGUGAAUUUUGGAACCAUGGAAAGAGGACGAGGAGAUGGCGAUAAAGGUAGAUUGUGCUGCUUUCCCAAGGAUCCGCUGGAGGAUGUUGAGACCUGGAGUGAGUCAGUGGACAAAGUCCUCAGUUGUAAAGCCGGACAGAUAGCUUUCCGGGAGUUCCUGAAGUCGCAGUACAGUGAGGAGAACAUACUGUUUUGGCUCGCCUGUGAGGAGUACAAGAAAAUCAAGACAGUCCCAGAGAUGAUCUCAUCUGCAAACAGGAUCUACUCAGAGUUUGUCCAAACAGAAGCUCCCCGACAGAUCAACAUAGAUUGCAGUACCAGAGAAAACAUAACGAAGAACAUCUCCAAGCCGACCCUGACUUCGUUCGACACGGCGCAGAAGCUCAUCUACAGCCUGAUGGCCAGGGAUUGCUACCCCCGGUUCCUAAAAUCUGAUAUUUAUCAAGGACUCCUGAGGAGAACUGAUUCAAGGUGA